GCGUCGGUCGUGAGGAGAGACGCGAGGGGCGGCGAGGGUGCGCUGCGCGCGUGGGUUUGGGCGCCGAGCCGUGUCUUCCGCGGAGCCCCGGUGCGCGCGAUCCAAGGGGAGGCGAUGGCGCAGGCGCUGAACCUCAACAACGAGGUUGUGAAGAUGAGAAAAGAAGUGAGGAAAGUCAGAGUGCUGACAAUUCGCAAACUAACUAGACAUAUUGCAAAACUGAAGGCAAAAAAGGGCACGGAAGAUGCAGUAUUGAAAAACCAUAAACGUGCAGAGAGGUUACUGGAAGAAAUUCAUGCCAUGAAGGAGAUAAAGCUUGACCACGUUACCAAAUUAGCACUCGAAAGAGAAAUUAAUUUUGAGAUUGUUUGCAAAAAGCCUAAUUCUACAGUAAAAGAAAGAGCCGUUGCUAGAUUGACAACACACCCACUACUGAAGACAAAAAUUGCCAAUAUUAAAGCUGCUGUAAAAGCCUUCAAAGAUGCGAGACAGAAGCCAGCAGGACCCAUUUCUUCAGAAGAGCAUAAAUCGGAAGAACAACUUACCAAACAAUCUGAGCUAACCCAGCAUUCCAGUAGCAGUCUACAUAAGAAAACAAUUAAACAAGCUGGAAACCAAGACAAAAUAAAGGUGAAAGAGAAGCCAGGCUCUGACAUGGGAAAAGAACAAAUUUGUGUGAGAGAGAAGCUGAAAAUGGCAGACGGUGAGGAAAUACGCCUGUUGGAUGAUGUUACAGUGCAGGCUGCAGAGCAUCAUAAAUUAGCUGCUCAGGCUCAAGCAGAAAAGUCAGUAUAUUCCGAAGUUACAAAAUGUUUGGAUGACCUCCUGAGUAGAACAGAAGUUGAUUCACCUGAUAGAGUGACAAGUGAGGAAGCUGGAAUGGAGAAGGAAUACUUUGAUGACAGCACUGAAGAAAGAUUCUAUAAUCAGUCUUCUGGCUCUGAUGAAAAUGAUAGUGAUGAUGACUUCUUCAUUGGCAAAGUAAAGAGAACGAAGAAAAAGAAGGGAGCAGCUGAUAUUUCAUUACCUACAGACCAGAAAAGCAAAUGCAUCCAGCUCAAAAAGGGCUUGCAGUCUGACACAGCCCAGGACACAGAUGCAAAAGGCCAAAAUCAAAGCUCAAAAACAAUGAAGCUAGAAUCCAUGUUUUACUCUUCACUGUCAGAAACAAAUAAGUCCAAAUCAGUGAAAAGAACUGUAAAAGACCACCUUCCCAGAAGUAAAGCAAAAGGUUUUGAAAGAAAUGGUCCACAGAAACAGAUGUUCAAAGGUUUGAGUAUGAAGCAAGGUAUUAAGAGAGAACAAUUGGAACAGCCACUUCAUCCUUCCUGGGAAGCGAGCAGGAAACGUCGAGAGCAAGUAUCUCAAAUUACAGCAUUCCAAGGGAAAAAAAUUAAAUUUGAAGACUAAGGGGGUGUUAUUUCUUAAGGACUCUCUUCUUUUCCUCCUUUUUUUAUCUCAUCUGUUGACAACUUGUCGACACAGCUGUAUAAACUAAAAACAGACAUUUCAUUUAUAGAUUUCCAAUAUAACUGUAAUAUAUAAAAUAAAUUGUUGAUUUUGAAGU